AAUCUGUUUAGCCUUAUCUGACUUGUCUAAAAGUGGUUCAUACUUUUUCACUCGCACAAAAGUCGCGGAACGCUACUUUUUCGUAAAAUAUGUUCACGUCACAAGCUGUCAUGGAGUGUUGAUAUAAUUUGGUGGAAAUUAUAAACAAUCAGAAUUAUGGAUAACAUGAGUUUGAAGGAGAUUCAGAGCAAGCUAUUGCUAUGGGAGUCUUCAGACAAUCCCUUAGCACCACUCACGUCGGAUCAAAGAGAAGCUAUCCUUGAUUUAGAGUCUCUAAUACUCGGUGUUUCCACAGAUUUGGAUGAUGACAAACCGGAAGUCAUAUCAAAUGAUGAGACAGAAAAGAACAAUAUUCCCCCUGUGGACACUACAUAUGACUUCCUUGAGUGGUACGAGAGCUUAUGUGACAAUAACUUGAAGGCUGAUGAUAAACCAUAUGAGGUAUACCAUAAGCAGCUUGAUGAUAGGAGAAAUGAAUGUGUUGCGUUGACUGAUCAGAUUGGUGCCACCAUGUCAGACCUGGAGAAACUGUCAGAACAGUACAACUUUGUGUCUAACAAAACAAAUGCACUGCACACUAUGAGUGAACAGUUGCUUGCAGACCAAAAUAAACUGUCUAGUAUAGGCGAUGACAUUAAAACGAAGCUGCACUACUUCACUCAAGUGGAGCACCUGUCUCAGAGGCUGAACAGCACCACCAUGUCUGUGAACAGUGAGACAUUCUUCAAUGUGUUGGCUAAGAUAGACGAGUGUCUGGAUUAUAUGAGGACUAAUAACAACUUCAAAGAAUCGCACACGUACUUAGUAAAGUACCGUCACUUACAAAGCCGUGCCAUCUCACUGAUCCGAUCCUACGUGACCCACGUGUUGAACCAUGCCACAGAACAGAUGCUGGCUCCCAAGGACGAGGAUCCGAAUGACCAGGAAACCAUGGACACUGCUUAUGCAGUGUAUUUUGGGAAGUUUCAAGCAGCUGCACCUAAGUUGAGGAUGGUUAUUAGUGAAAUUGAGGCGAGGGCUGAGAAGAAUGCUGACUACGCAUCCCUCCUAUCAGACGUACAACGCGAGUACGCAUCCCGGCGGUCCCGCGUGGCGGGCGCGGCCACGGGCGGAGCCCUGCAGGCCGCCGCCGCACGACAGUUGCGCGACCACUGCUCGCUCGCACGUGCCGCGUGCUCGUUACUCGCACACGCGUGUAGAGACGAGUGUGCGUUGUACAGCCACUUUUUCGCUAACCCAUCGCCGGCUUUAGAAGAAUACCUGCAGUCAUUAUGUACGGGACUGUACGAAACACUUCGGCCUCACAUCAUACAUAUAAACCACUUAGAAACUCUCGCAGAACUGUGCGUCAUACUCAGAGUGGAAGUUAUUGAAGAACAAGUCAAUAAUGACCCGGUCCGUCUGGCAGCACUGGGCCAGUGUGCCCUUGCGCUACUGCAGGACGCGCAGGAGAGGCUCGUGUUCCGCGCGCACGUGCACCUCCGCGCCGACGUGCUGCUGUACCGCGCCGCGCCCGGGGACCUCGCCUACCCGCACAAACUGCUCAUGAUGGAGCAAAUCGCGAUGUCAAUCCAAGAGCAAUCCCUCAAACGGAGCGACUCCCGCAACUCCAUGAUAUCUGACAUCUCCGCAACAUCGCAAGAAGUUGCCAACAUCAACGUGGAAGCCCAACGCAGACCCCAAGCCUCACCAGCAGACCUCCAUGGCAUGUGGUACCCAGGAGUCCGAAGAACAUUAGCAGCACUAUCAAGAUUAUACCGCUGUCUUGAAAAGAAAGUCUUCCAAGGAUUAGCUCAAGAAGCUAUAUCACUAUGUGUCCAAAGUGUUGACAGCGCUGCGAAACAAAUUUCAGCAAACACAACUAAUAUUGACGGGGAAUUGUUCCAAAUAAAACAUUUGCUGAUCUUAAGAGAGCAAAUCGCACCGUUCCAAGUAGACUUUAUAGUGAAAGAAACAACUUUGGACUUUAGUAACAUGAAGAAUGCUGCUUAUGGUCUCAUUCAGAAGCCGAGGCAGAUAUUUUCCCUAAACAGUAAUAAUGCCUUGUUAGAGUUCUUGCUGGAGGGUACGCCGAUGGUGAGAGAACAUCUCUUGGAUUCGAGGAAGGAGGUUGAUAGACAGCUGAAGACUUGCUGCGAAACUUUCAUAAAAAAUGCUACGGAAAUACUCGUUGGACCCAUGAUUGCUUUUAUUGAGAAGGCAACAGCAUUCACACCAAUAGAGCAACUGAAGUCCCAGCCGUGGGCGACGCCAGAAGAGAUGGCGGCCGCCGUGAAAGAAGCUCAGAAGAAGAUACGAGCACACCUCGCACCGCUGCAGCGAUCCAUGCAGCUGUACCUAGCUAAUAAGGAGACCGAGUUUAUAUUGUUUAGGCCUAUUCGGAAUAACGUCGUUGGCUAUUUCCUACAAAUUGAACAGCUACUUACCAACGCUGGUUACACGGACGAAGACGCUCUCAUCGUGGCCUGUCCUACCCCUGAACAGGUGUCCGUCUUCAUAUCCUCGGCCAGCCUCAUCAGCCAUAGUGAACCAGUUCAGCCAUAUGGUACCAAGAUCAAGCCCACUGUUAUAAGGAAGCCUAGUGUAACUAGUGUUAAGGAGAAAGAGGAGAAUACGGGCAUGGAAGCUAGUAAUGUUACUAUUUAGACUUAUUGUAAAUGUAAAGGUUAAAUAAAUAUGUAUUAUAGCUAUAAUUGUAUUUAUUACGUUUUGUUAGUGUCGAGAAUGACACACUAGUGUGUAAUAUUGGAUUUCAUUGUGAAACUCCCUUGUCAAGCUUUUGUGUUAGCUAUCAAAGGGCAGCCAUAACCAACUUGAAUUAUUUAUUUCUUGAAUGUUAUCAUUUUUUGUUUUAUGAAUUAUUAUCCAAUACAGAAAUAACAAAAUACAAAUAAUGUUUAUUUACAUGUUUAUUUCUUAUUCUUCUAUAAUAAAUACAGAUUCCACCAA